UCCAUUGUUUUGACGCGAGAUUUUGAAAAAUUUUGACGUACCGGGGGUGAUUGAGCGGGAGUAUUUCCGGUUCAAACCCUGGUUAUCAAUCCAUUUACUCCCGGCCUGUCUGGUGAUAACAUAGAAAGCGCGUUCAACUCUGGACAUUUGGUUUUUUAAUUAUGACAGAAUUAGCGGAGGAUAAUGGCUUGACCCGGGUUUAGAAGCUGAAAUUUUCUGGAAUUUUCAAUGGCACGUGCGACACGUUUUCAUCUUCUUGUUUUCACUUUCAUAUUUUUUAAGUUCUCGCGGGAAAUAAUUAUUUCAAAGUAAAUAUGAAUGAAAAUUGAAAAAAAAUCACCGGAUGAAGGAUUGGAUAUUGUGUUGAUUCCACGACAAGGUCAGAGAGUGCGGGAGGAGGUGUGGGGGAGGUGAAAAUUCUGGAAAUAUAAUAACUGCGUCGAUGAUGUAUCGAUAAUGUUAGUGUGAUCACAGAUUAGACAAAUGUGUUAUAAAUUGUGUACGUAAAAUACCGUGUGACUUGAAGGAUAGAUGCGAGCAAAUCGACGAAAGGUGCGAGCAAACUACGAAGGGACCUGAUAAACGCGGAAAUAGCGAAUUUACGUGAUCUACUGCCACUACCACCGUCAACACGACAGAGAUUGUCUCAGCUACAGCUAAUGGCAUUACCUUAAAGAAUAGUUCCUCGGAGUCGAAUAUACCGACGCCAAAUAUUGGAUUUUCAAAAGCCAUGUCCGGAUUCAUAAUGAUGAUGACACAACAGGGUAAAUUACUGUACAUAUCAGAGAAUGCUGCCGAGUACCUGGGACACUCCAUGGAGGAUCUCUUGAUUCAUGGUGACAGUGUAUACGAUGUUAUUGACAAACAGGAUCACAUGGUUGUGCAGAAUCAGCUGGCGAGGAGUGGUCCAAUGUCCAGCAAUGAUCGUAGAUUAUUCCUGUGUAGAAUUAAUGUAUCUCGUAAUUCACGUAGACAAUUGCGAUUUGGUGACCAAAAGGUUGUGUUAGUCGAAGGUCAUUAUCUCCCCUUCGUCCCAUUAUGUAAUCGUAACGAAGCAGUAUUUCUCGCCUCCUGCACUCCCGUAGUCCUACCAGAGACUCGCGAGAGUGUUGUCCAAGGAGCAACAAACAUAUUCACUACAAUUCACUCAAUGGACAUGAAAUAUCUUCACAUCGAUAAAACGGCUGAGAGCCACUUGGAGUACAGUAGAUCUGAACUGGUAGGUGUCUCGUGGUACAAUCUACUCCACUGGGACUGCAUUAGGACUGCUUACUGCAAGCAUCAAAGUGUGAUUCAAUCCGAUCAAGAUCGGACCAGCACAGCUCUCCUGAGACUCCAGAGCAGCUCCGGACGUUGGUUUUGGAUUCACUGUGUUCUCCAGGUGAAGGAGACCUCGGAGGAGUGCCAGCACCCGAUAAUCGUCUGUACAAAUCAAGUAUUAAGUGACAAGGAAGCUGAGGUGAUGCGUUCGAGUACAUGGCUCUAUAACUACUCCGCCCAAUCGAAAUUCACCUACGGGAUUUGUCCAUCGACGGCACCUCAGCAGGCCCACGGCCUCCAGUACCCAGAAACAUAUCCCCGCCCGGUUUUAAUGCAGCCACUGAACACCUCAGAAUCAUCCCCAGGGUCGUACGAUGCUGAUUAUCCAGCCCCGAGUAUCGUUAAACUGGCCACUGGCCCGGAGGACAUCGAACCUGUCGACAUGUCCAUUAACAGUGGUGAUCAUGAGGGAAGGCAUCUUUAUCAAAUGGGGCACCAUCCCAGUCAUCAUCAUCAUCACCAUCACCAUCAUCAUCAACAGCAGCAACACCAGGGACAUCAUUCGCAGCAGCAUGGGAGGGUUAUGCAGAAAUCUGGAGGCUAUAGGGGUAAACUUGCUGUUCACUACCUCCAAGGUCGUCAAUACGCUCCCCCAGAUUCCCCCAAGUAUAUAACUGACCUGGACGUUUCCUACGGGGAAGCGUGCGCCGAGCGCCAAUUGGCCCACAAACGUCCGAUAAAAAUUGGUGGAGGCAUGAUCCUGGAGCCAACAGAAUCAGUUGACCACUGGACUUCAUCACCCAUAUGGUCGGACACCCUUCAGAGGGUUCCCGAUGUGGUUCACCAGGACCUGAGCCCCUACAUAACGACUCCGUCGACCCCCGUGGACACUCCCGAUUCAGCUGACCUCCACUCUGAAGUACCAGUCUUUAAUUUCGACUGGAGUACCGAACAACACGUACCCAAUGCCAAAAUUAUGGUGAGGAGGGACCUGGAGCAGAGACCCGAGGAGAGGGACUCACAGCCCAUUACUCUACACCUACCCAGGAGGAAACAUCAGAAUGAUGGGGAUAAAAAUUAUGAUAAAUGACUUGAGGGGUCAGAGGUGUCUCUAGUUAGUUAAAUGUUUGUUUUUUAGAGUAAUAGAUUUUUGUGGUUUUUGUGAGCGAAAUGAGGUGUAAGUGUAGUAUUGCCUGAAUAAAAUGUGCC